AGGCUCACUCCGCCCGCAGCUCCGGCGACUCGCCUGCAGCGGCUGGAGCCGCGGGAGCUGCGCGCUCGCCAGAACUCAGACGGCGGCAGGAGCCCUGGCAGCCUCGGGGUCGGGGACGCCAUGAAUGGCUCGGGUGGCCCGCGGGCCGAGGACGCCAGUGAGGCGAAUGGCAGGGACAGCUGGCAGCCCGAGGCGGUUAUCGUGCCCAUGUUGUUCGUGCUCAUCUUCUUGGUGGGCACCGUGGGCAACGCGCUGGUGCUGGCCGUGCUGCUGCGCGGCGGCCAGGCGGUCAGCACCACCAACCUGUUCAUCCUCAACCUGGGCGUGGCCGACCUGUGCUUCAUCGUGUGCUGCGUGCCUUUCCAGGCCACCAUCUACACCCUGGACGGCUGGGUGUUCGGCUCGCUGCUCUGCAAGGCCGUGCAUUUCCUCAUCUUCCUCACCAUGUACGCCAGCAGCUUCACGCUGGCCGCUGUCUCCCUGGACAGGUAUCUGGCCAUCCGCUACCCGCUGCACUCCCGAGAGCUGCGCACGCCUCGCAACGCGCUGGCUGCCAUCGGGCUCAUCUGGGGGCUGUCGCUGCUCUUCUCCGGGCCCUACCUGAGUUACUACCGCCAGUCGAAGUUGGCCAACCUGACUGUGUGCCACCCGGCGUGGAGCGCGCCUCGUCGCCGCGCCAUGGACCUCUGCACCUUUGUCUUCAGCUACCUGCUUCCCGUGCUGGUGCUCGGCCUGACCUACGCGCGCACCCUGCGCUACCUGUGGCGAACGGUCGACCCGGUGGCCGCCGGUUCGAGCGCCCGGCGCGCCAAGCGCAAGGUGACGCGCAUGAUCAUCAUCGUGGCUGUGCUCUUCUGCCUCUGUUGGAUGCCUCACCACGCGCUCAUCCUCUGCGUGUGGUUCGGCCGCUUCCCGCUUACACCUGCCACCUACGCGCUGCGCAUCCUCUCGCACCUGGUCUCCUAUGCCAACUCCUGUGUCAACCCCAUCGUCUACGCGCUCGUCUCCAAGCACUUCCGCAAGGGCUUCCGCAAGAUCUGCGCAGGUCUGCUGCGCCGUGCCCCACGUAGAGCCUCGGGCCGCGUGUGCAUCGCCGCACAGGGGACCCACCGCAGCAGCGUCCUAGAGCGUGAGUCCACCGAGGGGACGCACGUGAGCGAGGCUGCCGGGCCCUCCUCCCCUGUGCUGGCACCUCUCAGCAGUCCCCCGGCCUUGAACCUGGUACCCGGGCCAUCCUGGCGGGACCAAGAUGCCCCCAACGGCAUCCCGGCAGUGAAUGCGACCUGAGGGCACUUAUUGAGGAAAGAGAGUGGCAAAGGCACCAGAGGCA